CUGCACUCUGUGACAUGGUCAAUCCAGCACUGGCAGCCCAGCAGAGAAGGUCUCCAUUCAAUCCCACCACAUGAUCACUGUAUUCUUCACAGCCCUCCCAGGGCUGCUCCUUCUCCCUCUCCUCAUUAGCUUCAUUUUCCCCUAUAUCUUCCAGGAUAUAGCCAACUUCAUCUGUAUAUUACGAUGUGGCUUUAGGACCAAGAAGUUAACCAGCAAAACCCCAGCAUACACCAUUGUGGACAUGUUCUUGGACAAGGUAGAAAAGUUUCCUGAUAAGCCAAUGCUGCUGUUCAAAGAUGAGGUUUAUUCCUACUCCAAGGUAGACAGACUGAGCAACCAGGCAGCCAGAGCCUUAAGGAAACUUGCAGCUGCCAAAUCAGGGGACAGUAUAGCAAUCUUCAUGAGUAAUGAACCGGCUUAUAUCUGGAUCUGGCUUGGGGUGCUUAAAUUAGGGUGUUCGCUGGCUUGUCUCAAUUACAACAUCAGGUCCCAAUCCUUUCUACACUGUUUGCGAUGCAGUGGGGCUAAGAUCAUCCUAGCUGCGCCAGAGCUCAAGGAUGCCAUUGAGGAGGUGAUGCCAGAACUUAGGAAAGAAAAUGUAAGAGUCUUCUAUGUAACUGAAACAGCCAUCGGUGAGGGGUGUGAAACGUUCCUGGACAAAGUUAAGGCUUCGUCAGAUGACUCAGUUCCAAAAUCCUUGAGGUCGUUCAUCAGUGCAAAAUCUCUUGCUAUGUACAUUUACACAUCUGGAACUACAGGUCUUCCAAAGGCUGCUAUCAUUAAUCAUCAUCGUUUGCUGCUAGCUUCCGGCAUGUUUGAUGUUUGCAACGUAAGACCAAGGGACAUUGUGUACACCGCUCUUCCGUUGUAUCAUAGUUCUGCUAUGAUGAUUGGCGUCUGUGGAUGCAUCAAUAAAGGUGCAACCAUAGCCUUAAGGCAGAAGUUUUCAGCCACCCAGUUUUGGGAUGAUUGUAGAAAAUAUAAUGUGACUGUUAUACAAUACAUUGGAGAGGUGUUGCGAUAUCUUUGUAACGUCCCAAAGUCAGAUGACGAUGCCUCCCACAACGUAAGAAUGGCCAUUGGAAACGGACUUCGGACUGACAUCUGGAGUGAAUUCCUUAGGAGAUUCGGUGACAUUCAUGUGUAUGAGUUUUACGCAGCCACUGAAGGAAAUGUAGGAUUUGUCAAUUACACCAACACAGUUGGAGCAGUGGGGAGAAUGAGUUAUUGGCACAAGAAACUAACGCCUUACGAGUUUAUCAAGUAUGAUGUAGAAAAGGAUGAACCUGUUCGAGAUGCCAAGGGACGUUGUAUUAAAGUUAAGAAAGGAAAAGGUGAACCUGGACUCUUAAUCGGUAAGAUCACAUCCCUUAAUCCCUUCGGUGGAUACGCUGGCAAUAAGUCCAAUACAGAAAAAAAGAUACUUAGAGACGUCUUCCGUAAAGGCGAUAUGUACUUUAACACCGGAGAUCUUUUGACAGUUGACCAACAAAAUUUUGUCUAUUUCCAUGACAGAGUUGGAGAUACAUUCAGAUGGAAAGGAGAAAAUGUGGCAACCACAGAAGUUGCUGAUAUUCUAAGCUUGUUAACUUUUAUCCAAGAAGUUAAUGUGUAUGGAGUACCUGUUCCAAAUCAUGAAGGUCGAAUAGGAAUGGCCACUAUCCGUCUGAGAGAUGAAUAUGAAUUUGAUGGAAGGAAGCUGUAUGCACAUGUCAGAGACUUUCUGCCAAAUUACGCAAGACCCCGCUUCGUUAGGAUUCAGGAUUCUCUGGAAAUCACAGGAACCUUUAAGCAGCGCAAGGUGGAGGUUGUAAAGGAAGGCUUUGACCCAGCUGUUAUCUCUGACCCUCUCUACUUCCUGGAUGAAAGAGAAAAGAAAUAUGUUCCCAUGACUCAGACUAUUUGCGAAGACAUAAAGAAUAAAAAAAUAAAGUUAUAAGACCGGACACAUUCACGGGAAAUAUUGACUGGGUUCACAUAAGACGGAUUUGUAGUUCUGUAUGUAGUUAGCAUAUUUUACAUUAAAAAGAGAUUGUUAAC